UUUAAAAGGAGCAUGUUAACAUAAUUAUAUUUUAGGGUGAGAUGAUGGGAAAUGAAGACAUGGCUCUAGGAAAGUUUUCAGUUCUUUUUAUUGGUUCUAGUGGAAACCUAGAUCAGUGCUUUAAACAUGGAUCAGCUUCAGCUCAACCAGGUGGUAUAUAUAUCCUGGAUAUAAAGGAGGGACAGGAGGCAGAGCCUCAGCAGAUCUAUGUACAGAACUCUCCUUAUACAGUCAUGCAUGCGCAUGGUAUCUAUGUUUCUAACAAGACGGACAGAUUGUAUGUUGUGGAUCAUCUUGGACCUAAGUCCGUCAUCCAGAUUAUGAAGAUUGUGUACAACAAGUCCUGCCUGGAGAGUAAAGUUUGGUCGUGUACCGACCCUGUUAGCUUGCUUCACAUCAAAACCAUAAGUUCACAUCUAUUCCCUAGAUACGGAAUAAAUGAUGUUGUAGAAGGAAUAAAUGAAUCAGAAAUCUACGUCACAAGAUGGCUGCCAUUUCCGGUUCCUGAGUUUGGUGCCGAAGGUUGGAGUACACUUCUGGAGAAGAUUAAUCCAAUCCUGAACUCAAUAUUUGUACUGCUCGGCAUACCGGGUACACUUGUGUACAGGUGUAAUGUCGAUAAGGGUGAAUGUGAGGCAGCUACAGAUCGUAUAUUUAUUGGUUCCAACGGUAUAACUAUAUCCGAUGAUCGAACUACUGUAUAUGUGGCAGAUCCAACCAGAAAACAAAUUGCUCUGAUGAAUCGUACUGACUCAGGUUUCCUAACUCUUGAAUCCUGGAUUUAUCUUCAGUACGGAGUAGACAAUCUAGAGAUAGAUACUCAAUCAGGAAUAAUAAUCAACCAUCAGAUGGGGUGCAUGGACAGGGGCGUGCGAGAGCUUUAGCGCAUUAGCACGCCCUGAAAUUUUUUUUAGUGCACACCCUAGCAGAGUUUAAAAACACUUAAAAACCCCCUAUUUUCACAAAAGUAUUGUUUCUAUAUUAAAGAACCGUAUGUCUUUCAUACUUAGGCUUUGCUUAGUUUAGAACAUAUAUUUGUUGAUUAUAUAUCAUAUCAGAGGAGCAAAGAAAAUGAGUUUUUGCGACAAACUCAAAAUUACAAGCCUUACAUCUGUGCAACCCGAUUUUGUAGAUCGUUGAUAUUUUUCUAACUUCGAAUUAUUUUACGUUUACACCAUAUGGUUUCAAAGAAAAAGGGAUUAGCAAAAUUUAAUUUGUUGCAAAACUUAGUUCCUUUCUUAAAAAUCCUUACCCGUUUCCAAAAUAUAUUUGCCCUAAGCAGCAUAACAAAUUUUUUUUGCUGAAUUUUUUGGUAAGAAAUGAAGUAAUAAAAAGGAAAACACAUGCCUGUUGAAAUCAAGCCCCCCCCCCAUUCAUCAAAAAUAUUUUUUUACCUUCAAAAGUUAGGUUUGUUUGUGUGGAAUAUCAAAAAAUUUUGGUCUUGCCUUUUGAUAUCCAAUUUUUCUUUUCUUUUUUGAUUGC